GGUUGAUAUAAACGGUCCAUCCAAGAUUAUAAAGCUAAUUCAAGUACAGUAAAAUCAAGAAAUUCAGAUAAAUUUAAAUCAGUCAAAUUCAUUUGAAUAGAAACACCCACAAUCUAUGCUUGUCCAACUUCUACUAUAACAAUUUGCUGAAGGUGAAGAAAACACAUCAGAAAGACUUCUCUUAGUUCCGGCAAUCAGAUAGAAAAACGCUUUCAUUUGGGUAAAACCUCAAAAUUGUUCUAAUUGAAUUUUGACUUCUGAGAUUCUUAGUUCAAAUUCAUCCGAAAAUGGAAAGAGAUUUUAUGGGUUUGCUUCCUAAAUCUUCAUCAUCAACUGUGAAGCAAGAGCCCGAUGAUGGAGAUGAACUCAUUAAUUCAGCAGUGGCAAUGAGAGGAUCUAGCUUGCACUGGUCCUUUCCAAAGAAUAGUUCUACAGCUUCCCAAAUUCUUUCUUCCAAAUCUUCUCAGGAGCAAGAAGAAAAUCAUAAACUAUACCCUCCUGGUUUUCCACAGAUAAACUUGCCUUUGAAUAAGCAAGCGGGAAGUCCAUAUUCUAUUACUCGUCAUCAUUUUCAACCAAGUGAUGUGCUUUCGGCUAUUGGCCAAGCAAAGCAAAUGGGGCCUGUUGCUUUAAGUUCUUCCGUACUUCCAUCUCAUAUGGCCUCAAAUGCACCAAAUGUAGGGAAUUCUGCCUUGGGAGGUACUUCUGCCGUGUCAGCUGAUUCUGUUCCACCUCGAAAUUGUUUUGUUGGCUCAACUGAUCUUAAGAGUUCUCCAAGUAUCUCCAGUGGUCCCUGUCAGUUGACCAUCUUCUAUAAUGGAUCAGUUUGUGUCUAUGAUAAUGUGUCUCCUGAGAAGGCUCAAGCCAUAAUGUUAUUAGCUGGAAACGGCGACUCCGCAAAUUCAAUUGCUCCAGCAGCUGCAGUUCCUUCUCUACCCAAAGUGCAGCCACCAAAGCUAAGGCUACCAACAAAUGAAAUUGCUGUUCUUGAUCAGUCCAAAGGAUUCUCAAGCUCUAUAUGUUUGCCCUCACCUGUUAGCUCACUUUCUGCAGUUGCAUCUACUUGUGCUGCUGAAGUAGAUGUAGUCAAGGGAGUUAUUGUCCAUGCUCAUAUUAAGGCUACUGAAGCUCCAGAUUCAGGCUCUCUUGUUGGUGCUGGCGGUGUAAAAUCAAUUUCAUCAGCUGUGCCUCAGGCUCGGAAAGCAUCUCUUGCAAGAUUCCUGGAAAAAAGAAAAGAGAGGGUCACUGCUUCAUCUCCUUAUGUGGUCAGCAAGAACGCUCCAGAAUCUUUUGGGGUAAAUUCUUCCAACUCAAAUCCCCUUCCAGCUAGCAGUUAAGAAAUGCUCUGAUAUAAUCUGGCAAUGGGGAUGUCCAGAAAAUAUAUUCACCCUGUAGUCAGAUAGUUAUGUUCAGCGAGUUUUGUGAUGAUAUUCUUUUUUGUUAACCCUAAACUUAGUUGUACUUCUUCAUCGAAAUUUUGUCAAUCUAUAAAAGUGGCUAUAGGUUUUACUUUAUAGACAAUAUGCAGUUUGUAACAUAUAAGUAUGUAUUCAAUUCCACUGUAAAAAAAAAUCACAUUUCACUA